AUGUUUUCGUGCAGCCUGCUGGAUGCGGGCUUGCUCAUUGGGGGUAAGGGUGGAGGGCAGAAUGACGUAGCCAUCAUGCCAGUCCCAGGUGAGUCCGCGCUGCCUGUGUCCCGCGAGUCCCGAGACGUCCCUCCGGAGAACGGCGGGUCACUCCGAAGGCCCCAAAUGAAUUUGGUGGCCUUUGAGGAUGUGGCUGUGAACUUCACCCAGGAGGAGUGGGCUUUGCUGGAUCCUUCCCAGAAAAAUCUCUACAGAGAUGUGAUGCAGGAAGUCCUUAGCAACCUGGCUUCUAUACGAGACAAAUGGGAAGAUGAGAACAGAAAUCCCAUGAGAGAUCUAAGACAUAAAUUAAUUCAUACUGGUGAGAAGCCCUAUGAAUUUACCAAUUGCAACAUGAACGAAUUCAUACUGGAGAGAAGCCCUAUGAAUGUAAACAAUGUGGGAAAGCCUUCAGACGUUCCUCUUACCUUCAAAGACAUAAACAAACUCAUACUGGAGAGAAGCCCUAUGAAUGUAAACAAUGUGGGAAAGCCUUUGUUUGUUUGAGUUACCAAUUGCAACAUGAACGAAUUCAUACUGGAGAGAAGCCCUAUGAAUGUAAACAAUGUGGGAAAGCCUUCAGACGUUCCUCUUACCUUCAAAGACAUAAACGAACUCAUACUGGAGAGA